GAUGUGUAGCAGCGUGAACGUGGCCCUUUGUCUUCCUGCUACCUGCUCCUCUGGCUUCCUGCUUCCGACUGGCGUCCCUCCGGCUUACAAACACCCUUCUCCCGCCUGCAGCUCCACUUCCUGGUUACUGAUCCUGGCCUCGACUGAGGAUUGGCUGUUCCAGCUGUCAGUCCUACUGUUCAAUCAGAUUUGAAUAGAUGUGCUGUCGCCCUGCUUUCUGUGCCGACUCAGUGCACUGCCUGUCAAGCAGUGAGCAGCACAGCAGCCACAGGGACUAAGUAACGCAGCAAGACAGACAACGAAUAAUCCUCUACGCUCAGAGAUCACCAGCCUCACUGCAACUCUCAGUUUCAGGUUCCACUGCUCAUUCAGGUUUCCGACAUGGCUACCACCACACCGAUCUCUCCGGAGGAGCUGGAGGAACUUAGAGAAGCUUUCGCCAAGAUUGAUGUGGACAACAAUGGCUAUAUCAGCAAAGACGAGCUCAACGGGCUCUUCAGGGCCGCCAACCUGGCACUGCCGGGGUACAGGAUCCGAGAGAUUGUCCAGGAGUUUACCAAGACUGGCGACCAGCUCACCUUUGACGAGUUUACUCAGAUCGUCCAUGGCCUGAAGAGCACUGAGGUGGCAAAGACCUUCAGGAAAGCAAUCAAUAAGAAGGAGGGAAUCUGUAAUGUGGCAGGAACCUCAGAGCAGUCCGGUACUCAGCACUCCUACUCAGAGGAGGAGAAGGUGGCCUUUGUAAACUGGAUCAAUAAAGCUCUAGAGAAGGAUGCAGACUGUAAACAUGUUCUGCCGAUGGAUCCAAACAGCAACGACCUGUUCACCGGAAUGGGAGACGGCAUCAUUCUCUGUAAGAUGAUCAACCUCUCUGUCCCUGACACCAUCGAUGAGAGAACCAUCAACAAGAAAAAGCUCACACCCUUCACCAUUCAGGAGAACCUGAACCUGGCUUUGAACUCUGCGUCAGCCAUUGGCUGCCACGUGGUGAACAUUGGAGCUGAAGACCUGAAGGAGGGCAGGCAGCACCUGGUGCUGGGUCUGCUGUGGCAGGUCAUCAAGAUUGGACUGUUUGCCGACAUCGAGCUCAGCAGGAACGAAGCUCUGAUCGCACUGCUGCGUGAUGGAGAGAGUCUGGAGGACCUGAUGAAACUUUCCCCAGAGGAGCUGCUGCUGCGUUGGGCCAACUAUCACCUGGAGCAAGCCGGUGCUCCCAAAGUCAACAACUUCAGCUCCGACAUCAAGGACUCCAAAGCCUACUACAACCUCCUGAACCAGGUGGCGCCCAAAGGUGAUGAAGAGGGAAUCCCCCCCAUCACCAUCGACAUGUCAGGACUCAGGGAGAAAGAAGACCUGAGGCGGGCAGAGUGCAUGCUGGACCAGGCUGACCGGCUCGGAUGCAGACAGUUUGUCAUGCCCACAGAUGUCAUCCGUGGCAAUCCUAAACUCAAUUUGGCUUUUGUUGCCAAUCUUUUCAACAAGUACCCAGCUCUGAAGAAACCAGAGAACCAGGAUAUCGACUGGAGCUCUAUUGAAGGUGAAACUAGGGAGGAGCGCACCUUCAGGAACUGGAUGAACUCGCUGGGGGUCAACCCUCGUGUCAAUCACCUCUACGUAGACAUUGAUGACGCCCUAGUGAUCUUCCAGUUGUAUGAGAAGAUCAAGGUACCAGUUGACUGGGACAAAGUCAACAAGCCUCCCUACCCUAAACUGGGCAGCAACAUGAAGAAGCUGGAGAACUGUAACUAUGCAGUGGAGUUGGGCAAGAAGGAGGCCAAAUUCUCUCUGGUUGGCAUCGCAGGUCAGGACCUGAACGCAGGGAAUCGAACCCUCACCCUUGCUCUGCUCUGGCAGCUCAUGAGGAGGUACACCCUGAACAUCCUGGAGGACCUGGGUGACGGGCAGAAAGUGACUGAUGACACCAUCGUGGCCUGGGUCAAUGACAUGCUCACACAAGCGGGCAAAUCCACUAUCUCCAGCUUUAAGGACGGGUCCAUCAGUAGCAGUAUGCCGGUCCUGGACCUGAUCGAUGCCAUCCAGCCCGGAUCGAUCCGGUACGAUCUGCUGAAGACAGAAGAUCUGACUGAAGAGGAGAAACUAAACAACGCAAAGUACGCCAUCUCUAUGGCAAGGAAGAUCGGCGCCAGGGUGUACGCGCUGCCUGAGGACCUGGUGGAGGUCAAACCCAAGAUGGUGAUGACAGUGUUUGCCUGCCUCAUGGCACGUGGCAUGAAGAGAGCCUAAAGACCACAACCACCUCACCAACCUACCAUCAGUGACCUUGAAUCCGCAAACAGGCCAAAGGUUGAGGAAAUUAUAAAAAAAAGGUAGCUUAUGCAGAGGCUCAGCUGUGUGUUUGUGAAUUUAAACAAGACAGUUAGCCUACUUUUUGCAAGAAAAUUAACUUUUAAUUACAGUCUGAUAACCUAAAAUAUUGGAUAUACUAGGUUUGGAGAUACAGGGUACAGAUCAUGUUAAUACAGUUAUGGUACGUCACACAUUACAAAAUGUUGGUGAUGUCUUAAGUGCCACAGAGGGAAAACAAAGGGACAGAGGACGGACUUAUUUCUACAAAUAUUUCUUAGAGGCAGAAAUCAUCUGAACCGUUUAGUCACACUUCAGAUGGUAGAGCCACAGAGCCAGGUUGUGAAUUGCAAAGACCAAACUCUGGUCAUAAUAUAAAUAAGUAUAUAACCAAAAUUAUUUCCAUUUCCAUGCAGUCACAAUUUUACAAGCUGGCAGGCUAGCUACUGCAACUACUUUACCUAUAACAUGGCCAAUCUGAAUUUGGAAAGUCAUUUAGUAGCAGACCGCCAGUCUCGCAUCUCUUGGCUUUUUCAUUGGGUUUAGUGACAUUCUGUCAAAAAAAUAUUGGUUUUGUAUCUCCACCCACAGAGGUUUAACUGAAAGAGAUCAUUUCUGCCUCCAAAGAAGAGUUUUGAAGGGCUAAAUCUCCAAUGUAAAAUCGAAAUGUAAGAAAAGUCACCUGCUGCUGCCUUUACUACUAGUGUUGAAAUGAUUACUAAGUGCUUACUAAGUGAUUACUCGAUUACGAUAACUCCUAAAUUUCAGGUUCCAGCUUAUUAAGCACAAAAAACCGACCAAAGGCAAUAAAUGUCUAUCAGAUGAGUCCAAAAUACAACCAUUAUAUCAGUAAAUAAUAUUGUUAAUUAAAGACCCUCAUUCACAUUUUACCAGCUGAUUGGAGUUUAAAGAAAAAGUAUGAAGCUUUUACUGUGAAUUGUUCUCUUUGGGCUUAUUCUUCUUGGUCAGGAAACACACAUUCUAGUUUCCUUUUACGUUCCAUUUUCAUUAUUUUAUUUUAAUAAACAAUGUUUGACAGGUCUAAUGACCUUUUGCUGCCUCUUGUCAGUUUCAGGGCUCCAUAUCAGCUUCUUAAAUGUGAAGAUUUGCUGUGUCAGUUUCAUAUCACUGUCAAUUUAAUUCUUCUGGUUUUUGGACUGUUGGGCAACAAAAGAGGAACACAUAUAGCCAUUCUUUGCUGCACUGUCGAUAUCUCUGAUAACUGCAGGCAACAACAGUUUUCUGUUGCAAUAUUAUUUUUUUCUUUAAGAAUUAUGUGCAGUCGUAAAGGAGGUUGAUCAUGAGGGAUUUAAUUCCUUUUUUUAUAGAGCUGCAAUGUUCCUUGUUUUUACUGUUUAUUUACUUGGUACAGAGUAUGUGAUGUCUCAGGCAGAGCCACAGUUUUCUCAGUUGAUUACGACCACAUAUCAAAUCAGAAAGUUUAUGCCAAAUGUAUGUAACAAAUAAAGUGAUUUUGUAUCAAA